AUGCUUCUCCACAUUUGUUGCUCUUGCAAAAGAAUAGAAGGGAAGACCUUGUCGACCUCUAACAAGGGUUCUAUCAUCAAUAUUUGGGUUUUGAUAGUAUUGAAAGAAUCAUUGAAGCCUUUCAUGAAACAUAUGAUGAAUUCAGUUUCACAUUGUUUCUUGAGUAAAUUGAUGGCAUUGCAACUACAAGUUAGAGGAUGGAGAGAUGAUGACCCAUCCAUUUUUGAAAUAACCAUUGUAGCAAGAUUGCAAGGAGAAUUCCAAGUAACAAAUGGUUACGGGCCAACAAAAGUUGCACAAGUUAUGAAGGAACAUUGGAGCACCUUUAUAGUUGAAGAUGACUUCAAGUUCAUUGCAAGCAUUGGACUAAAUGCAGUUAGAAUUCCAGUGGGUUGGUGGAUAGCAAGUGGCCCAAUUCCACCAUGGCCUUAUGUUGGAGGCUUAUUGAACGCACUAGACAAUGCCUUCCCAUGGGCACAGAAAUAUGGAUUAAAAAUCAUCAUUGAUCUUCAUGCUGCACCUGGUUCUCAAAACGGAUUUCAACAUAGCUCUUCAAAAGAUGGUUCACAAGAAUGGGGAAAAGAAGAUGAAAAUAUCCAAGAAACAGUUGAUGUUAUAAGCUUCCUAAUUGCAAGGUAUGCAAAUCAUCCAAGCCUAUACGCAAUAGAGCUUUUAAAUGAGCCCCUAUCUCCUGGUGUGACAUUAGAGAGUUUAAACAAGUAUUACAAGGCUUGUUAUGAUGUGGUGCGUGGACACUCAACCACUACUUAUGUGGUUAUGUCAAAUAGGUUAGGGCCUUUAGAGCCCAAAGAACUUUUUCCUCUUGCCAAUGGUCUUAUGGGGUCUGUGAUUGAUGUCCAUUACUACAAUAUUUUUGAUGAUCUAUUUGAAAACAAGACUGUCCAACAACACAUUGAUUUUAUUUACAACAAUCGUUCAUCGGAAUUGAAUUUUAUCACGACGUCAAAUGGUCCUCUUACAUUUGUUGGGGAAUGGGUUUCUGAUUGGCGAGUUAAAGAGACUACAAAAGAGGACUUCCAAAGAUUUGGCAAGGCCCAAAUAGAAGUUUACGGCCGUGCAACAUUUGGUUGGGCUUAUUGGGCUUUUAGGAAUGCCAACCAGCAUUGGAGUCUUGAAUGGAUGAUUAAUAAUGGUUACAUCAACCUUUAG